UCGGAAUUUCUUUUUAGCUCUAAUACAGUAACAGAUGAUAGUACAUAUAUGUGCAUUCCUUUGAACUUGCUAAGAAAUCGAUAAGUGCAUUGUAGAUUCUCCAGCUGUAUUUGAAAAUUUUGCGUUUAAUUUUACAACAAGAAACGGAGAAAUUACUCUAUUCCUGCUUAAAUAGGUAGCACUACAGUUGCUCAUUAUAAUGCUAAUGUGGGUUUUAUAGUUGAAUUGGUCGUUUUGGCUUAAUAAAGUGUAGUUCAUUGAAUUUGAAGCAUCAAUCAACCUGUAAGAAUUCUGUUAGGAAGAGAGAAAAAAAUGACUUUUAAGUUGGAGUUGGGUUGCUAUCAGAAGAAUCGUGAAAUGGUUUAGUGAAAGAGCAAUGCAUAACUUCCUUUAGUUUAAUUUUACUCAAUGCUCCAAUUUUUAUUUUAUUUUUUUGCCUGGUUUGGUAAUGCGUCAUUGUGUCGAGUUUCUAUCGGAAACAACCUCUGGAGCAAAUGGAAGGAGACGUCGUGCAUGCCGAAGACUUUGACAAGUAUCGAUAGGCACGCCUCUAAUAAGGGCUCGAUCCUGAGAAUCAAUCCCAAUCGAAUCUAUGGAAAUCAUUGCAGAGAACUUCUUUCAUUUUGACUAUUCACAGUAGUCAGUCCUAGAAGAUGAGGAGGCAGCUGUUGAAGUCUUGGCAGCGGCUCUGUAGGCUUAUAAUAAUUUCUAGGCCCUUUGGAAAGCCAUUGCGAGAUAAGGCGAUGGCAGUUGCUGGAAGAGUCGCUAUAAUGGAAGAAGGAAUGACUUUGAAAGCUUCUUGUCCAGUGUGCUUACAAGUUCUAAGCACACCACUUGAUUCUGAUCUGAAAAUGACACUGGCUGUACACAUGAGCUUAUGGCACGCAGAUGAUGUUCAACUGCAUUGGGAACUGAUGCAAAACAAAGGAAGAUCAAUUGUUCACAUGCCUUCUUUCUGCUUUGGAGCUGGGAUGGCUGCUGGAAUUGGUGCUCUGAUGGUUAUUCUUGCCAGAAGUCAUGCUCAAGCAUUUGGCAAUAAGAGGUGAAGUUUAUCUUAAUUCCUACUAAAAAGGGUCUAUGAUGAUUCUCUGUGUUUUGCCGCUAGUUUUUGCCUCAGUUCUAAAGAAUUAGCCUAGUCUAAAGCUUCUAAUUUGCAGUGUUAGGAAAGAACAAACAGAUAGAAAUUCAUGAGCUUGUAUUAUUGGACGACUAAGGUUAUAUGAAGAUCCAUAGAUGGUAUAGUAGUUUGAGACAAAAAAGUAGUUUUCCUAUAUCUCUGUGAUACCAAGAUGAUGUGAAUUUUGUUCUCGUGCUCAUUUACUGCUAGACCACACCUUUGGCUUCUUUUUUUGUUCCAGAUAUGUGUCCCUAGUUACUAUU